AUGCAGCCACCGCUAUCGGCGCGGCCACGCCCGCCAGCCCGCCGCACUACCUCGAAGAGCACCUUCACCGCCCUCCCGACCCCGUCCACGCCUCGCCGCCGCCGCUCCCAGCUCGAGUCGUCGACCAUCGACGCCGGCGCGGGCCGCGACGACGACUCGUGGGGCCGCGCGAGCGGGCACCGUGUGUCCCUCGGCUCCACCAGCAGCUCGGCACAUCCCCGUCCCGCCCACCAGGCGCGGCCGUCGCUCGCCAGCAGCUGGAGCGAGGCGCGCGGCGAGGCGACGUUGGAUGAGCUCGAGGGUCCUUCCUCCUCGCCGCCGAGCACGCCCGUCCACUCACAUGCCCUCGUCAGCAAACUCAGCAACCCGUCCAUCUUGCCUGUACCCUUCCCGGCCGCCGCCGUCGACGACCCGUUCGCCGCCGCCGCCUCCCUCGCUCCGCCCGCGACUGCUCCGCAGCUCGACCUCGCGCUCGGCGACUCGACGGGCCUCGGCAUCGACGAGGGCGACACGACCAUCGACAUCGACGCGCUGCGAGGGCUCAGCCGAGAAGAACUCGCGCGCAUGCUCCAGGAGGCCGACCGCAUCAUCCGCGACAAGGAGCAAGAGCUCUCGACGUUUACGGCGGCCGGCGAGGAGCUCCUCAACGAGUUCAACUCGCUCCGACAGCGCCACGAGUCGCUCUCCGGUCGCACGACGGCCACCUCGGUCCGCGCAAGCCCGCAGCGGUCGUCGCGCAAGUCGACCAUCUCGGCCGCCACCUCAAGCCCUGUCGCCGACGGCAAGCGCCGGCCCCAGUCGUGGCGCACCUCGCUCGGCCUGCCGCCGCCUGCCAGUACGCCCGGCGAGGCGACGUCGACGCCGAUGGCUGUGCGCCGCGACCGCCUGUCGAGCGCCGCCAGCUACCGCAUGCGCGACGCCUCGUCCGACAUCAGCCCGAGCGCCACCUUCCGCUUCCGCGCCGCAUCGUCCGUCACGCCCGAGGUGUCGCCUACGUCGACUCGCCGAGGUGCGCCCGCAGGGCAGGGCCGCUCGCCGAUCAACGGCAACAAGGCGCUCCUGUCGCCGGGCGCGGCCGCCCACGACCUCGCGUCGCUCAGCCAGGUCAACUACGCCCUGACGCUGCAGCUGAGCGACCUGCACGCCGGCGUCGAGGAGACCGAGCGCGAGGGCCGCAAGCGCCUGCGCAAGCUCGAGCGCGAGCUGCAGGCCGUGCGCGAGGACCUCGAGCGCGCCGAGCAGCGCAACGCGCUCCUCGAGACCGAGGUCGAGCUCGUCAAGGAGCGCGAGAACGAGCUCGCACGCUCGACGAGGGUCGGCCCGACGCCGAGGAAGCCGGCCGUCACGCCGCUCGCGCUCAACCAGUACGACGAGGCGUCGGCGUUCGACUGGCGGGUGCGGCCGACCCCUCGCCCCGACUCGCUCGGUGACGACGCCGAGAUCGACCAGGACAACUCGUCGCCCGCCCGCAACUUUGGUCCGCCGGCGCUGCUCGGCAAGACGCUCGCCUCGAACGCCAUCUUCGCCCACCAGCCGACCUCGCCACCCGCAACGACGUUCCCUUUCCUCGCCAUCGACGACAACGACGACUUCCUCGGCACCUCGUUCGCCCUACCGACACGCCGCGAGACCGUCGUGCGCUCCGUCUCGACGUCGUCGCUCGCGCCGCUCCCCCUCCCGAUGCAGCUCGACCCGUCGCUCGAGCGCCAGGCCGACGAGCUCGUCGAUCAGCUCAUUCACAAGAUUGACGAGCUCGAGAAGACCAACCUCGACAUCGCGCUCGAGCGCGAGCAGAUGGAGCACCGGCUCGCCAUGGCGCAGGAGGAGGUCGACGAGUGGAAGGAGCGGUGCGACGAGCUCGUCGAGGGCAACGCUGUCGGGCGACUCGAGUGGGACGGUCCAAAGGGCGCCAUCACGUGGCACUCGGACGACGACGCCGACGCCGACACCGACAACCCUCGUCGGGCCGCUCGCCCUGUCCAAGGUCAUCGCAUCACUCGUCGUUCGCGCCUCCUCACGCAGACGGCCAACACGCCCACGUCGUUCUCGUCGGGCCUGUUCUCGGGCUCGACCUCGGACCGCGACUCGGCGUCGCCCGACACGAGCCCCGUCUUCUCGAAGCGCACGCUCGAGCACGAGCUCGGAGACGACUUUGAGCCAGAGCGUCACCACGAGUCGUUCGCGCGCGACGUCGACUCGUUGUCGUCGGUCGUCGUCCGCUCGGGCCGCCCGCGCGCUCGUCGCUCCCGCCACCUCGCCGACCUUUACGGCCCUCCCUCGAGCGACGUGCCCGUCACGACGGCCGACGACCUGCUCCCGGCGGGCAGCUUGCGCUGGGCGGGCCCGCCCGAGGCCGAGACGUACGCCAAGCUCGAGCAGGCCGCCGACGCGCUCGUUCCGGCAUGGGCAGACGACGACUACCUCGCGGCGUCCUCUUCUUCGCGCCGCGGUGAGCGGCGACGCCUCGGCGACGCCGGGCUGUGGGACGAGCCGGGCGUGCGCUCGCGGCGGGCCAAAGGAGGCAAGCCGAGCGAGGGUCGGGCCAAGGGCAAGGGCAGGGGCAAGGGCAGGGCCGCCUCGGUUUCGGCAGUGGGGCACCAGAGCGAGCACGAGGCGCGCGACGACGGUGCGAGGCAGUCGGCGUCGCAGACGCGGCGCCGUCUCGCCCUGCGUCGGCUCGGCCGCGAAGCGUCGACCCGCACCGGCCUCGAGGUCGUCCACCUCGCUCACGCCGACACGGACGACUAUCGACGCGACCGCAACGACGACGUCCCGUCGUCCGACGAGUCGGACAUCUCGUCGGCGUACGACGAGCUCGACCACCCGCUCACGCGCACGGCCGACUACUACCCGGUCGCGUUGCGGUCGCGGUACCACCCGCGCAUGCUCGCCACCAUGAUGACCGACUCGGCUGUCCAGCACCUCGUCAGGCUCGUCACCUGGAUCCAGUUCCUCGUCGUGCUCGGCAUGGCGCUCGGUUUCGCCCUUUGGCAAGGGCCCAAGAAGACACUCGGACUCGUCGACGGCCGCCGUCGCCUGCGCUGA